AUGACCAGCUAUUUCCCUCGCUCACUCUCCAGUGUAGCCAACACUGCUCUUCACCACACCAGAUCCGAGAAACUGACUCAUUUAGUUUCCAACUCAGUGACACGGCUCCUCUGCACAUCUUCACCUCAGUCACAAGAGGAAAACCCCGUCAAGAAACAAGCACAAUCACGUCAAGAAUCUCUCCAUGAUGAGAGCAAACAAAGCCAUGACCCAAACGAAGAUGAUGAAGAUGGUGACAGUAUUAACGAAGAAACAGGUGAGAUAGGUGGCCCCAAAGGGCCUGAGCCCACUAGGUAUGGUGAUUGGGAACGCAAGGGGCGCUGCUCUGACUUUUAA